CCCGACCUACUCUUUACAAGCAGCAUAUGACGGUUAAUACUUCACCUAUUAACAAGGCUGGGCGUGUACAUGGUGGUGUGUGUCAUAGAGGAGCUAAACUAGAAGGACCAGCCUGGUUGUACCUCUUACGGGUAAGUGCCUUUGGAAGGAUCAGACAUGGCCAAGGGACAGAUAGUUAGCAAGGUCUUAGCUGUUUUUGCUAUAGUGGUUGUAGCGGCAAUUCUGGGCUCCAUCAUUGCGGUGACAACGAGUUACAUCGAAGAGAGGAAAAAAAAUCCAGUGACCACCCUACCUCCCCCUACCACCACCCCCAGCCCUGAUGCUCCGUGUAUUAACCCAUGGGACGAGAGCCGACUGCCGGACACCUUGAUUCCUUCGGGAUACAACGUGAGACUCUGGCCUUCCUUGAAGCCGAACGACGAAGGCAUGUUCACCUUCAAGGGCACCUCCAAUGUCGUCUUCAAGUGCGAGAAGGAAACAGACCUCAUUGUGAUUCACAGCCGCCUGCUGAACCUGACCAAGAAAGGGAAACACCUCGCAGACGUCAUGGACGUCAGCAGCUCCAAGUCAGUUGACAUUCAGUAUAGCUGUUUAGACACCAGCAAUGAGUUCCUGGUGGUCCAGCUUCUCGCUAACCUGACGGAAGGGAAGACCUAUGAGAUGAUCACAGAUUUUACUGGAGAGCUGUCUGAUGAUUUGGUUGGCUUCUACCGGAGUGAAUACAUGGAGGGCGGAGAGAAGAAGUUAGUCGCCACCACGCAGAUGCAGCCCACGUAUGCCAGGACAGUUUUCCCCUGCUUCGACGAACCAGCCAUGAAAGCACAUUUCAACAUCACUCUGAUCCACGACCUCAAUCUUGUGGCCCUGUCUAACAGUCCUGUGAUUGACUCAAUGAAAAGCACCAUUGAUGGGGCUGAAUGGGGAAUCACUAGAUUUCACCCAACACCGGACAUGUCAACCUACCUGCUGGCUUUCAUUGUCUGUGACUUCAAGAACAUAAGUGCCCUGGACAGAGACGUCUUGAUCCGAAUCUGGGCCCGGCCAGAGGCUAUUGCAGAACAACAGGGAGAUUACGCUCUGAACAUUACCGGACCAAUCCUGCAGUACUUCAAGGACUACUACGACAUACCCUAUCCCCUGGCAAAGUCAGACCAGAUAGCUCUUCCAGACUUCAGUACCGGGGCCAUGGAGAACUGGGGCCUGGUCACCUACCGCGAGACCGCUCUGCUGUACAAUCCAAACAUCUCCUCCACCAGUAACAAGGAGUGGGUUGCCACGGUGAUCGCACACGAACUGGCCCAUCAGUGGUUUGGAAACCUGGUGACAAUGCGCUGGUGGAAUGAUCUGUGGCUGAAUGAAGGGUUCGCUACCUAUGUGUCCUACCUGGGAGCAGAUCACGCAGAACCCAGCUGGAACAUUAAAGACCUGAUUGUGCUGCAUCAUUACCAGAAGGUGUUUGCAGAGGACGCCCUCAACUCCUCUCACCCACUGAGUUUGGAUGAGGAUGAGAUCAACACCCCGCUUCAAAUCGGAUAUCUGUUUGACUCGAUCACCUACAGCAAGGGAGCUGCUGUGCUGAGGAUGCUGUCUGGAUUCUUAACGGAGAAUCUGUUUGUGGAGGGGCUCAAAACAUACCUGGCGCAAUACAAGUACAACAAUACUGUGUACCAAGACCUUUGGGGUCACUUGCAGGAGGCUGUGGACAAGCAGAGCAGCACAACUCUACCGGACUCUGUGGAAAACAUCAUGAACAGAUGGGUCCUGCAGAUGGGCUUCCCUGUGGUAACCAUCAACACCACAACCGGCACACUGACCCAGAAGCACUUCCUUCUAGACCGCGAUGCGGAGGUCACAAGGUCCUCCCAAUUCAACUACACCUGGUUUGUUCCAGUGAGUUGGAUGAAGUCUGGAAUUCUCCAAGAUGACUUCUGGCUGCUCAAUACCUCAGAAUCGAACACAACUGUGAAAUCCAACAGCACUGAUUGGGUGCUGGCCAACAUCAACUGCUCUGGAUACUACAGGGUAAACUACGACAUUGAGAACUGGAACAGGCUUCUUCAGCAGCUGCAGGAUAACUUUACUAAAAUCCCUGUCAUUAACAGAGCCCAGCUCAUUGAUGAUGCGUUCAAUCUGGCCAGGGCAGGGUAUAUCCCGACCACACUGGCUCUGGACACCACCAAGUACCUCUCCAAAGACACAGAGUACAUGCCUUGGGAGUCGGCUAUAAACAAUCUGGGGUACUUCUCCCUCAUGUUCGAUCGCACUGAGGUGAAUGGGCCCAUGCAGACUUACCUCAGGAAACAAGUGACUCCUUUGUUUAACUAUUUUGAGAACAUCACUGCAAAUUGGACAGAGGUACCCUCAGGACACACUGACCAGUACAACCAGGUCACUGCCAUUGAGGUUGCCUGCAAGAACGGUUUGAAGAAGUGUCGAGAGCUGGCCUCCAGUCUGUACCAGGAAUGGAUGGACAACCCCAGCGUCAACCCGAUCCAUCCAAACUUGAAAACGACCAUCUACUGCAACGCGAUAGCCGCGGGGGGUGUGGAAGAGUGGGACUUUGCGUGGGAGAGGUUUCAGAAUGCCACCAUCGCCACAGAGGCUGACAAGCUGAGAUACGGGCUGUCCUGCUCCAGGCACAUCUGGAUCUUAAACAGGUAUCUCAAGUACACUCUGGAUCCGAAGAAGAUCAGGAAGAUGGAUUCCAUCCCGACUAUCAGCUACAUCUCUAGAAACGUGGUUGGCCAGUCACUGGUGUGGGACUUCAUCCAAGCCUACUCCACCACCAUCUGCAGCGGGUCCUCUCCGAUGGACAGCCUCCUAGAGGGAGUGACGCAGAGAUUCUCCACAGAGCUUGAGCUCAGACAGCUUCAGCAGUUCCGCCAGAGUAACAACAUCACAGAGGACUGCUUGGGCAUGGAGACGCUGAGCCAAGCUAUAGAGAGGACCCAGCUGAACAUCAAGUGGAUCAAUGAAAACAAGGACCCCGUGUUCAACUGGUUCACCUCCAGCUCACUUUAAACCAUGUAGAUUUCACAGGAGCCGCAGAGAACAGUUUCAAAAACAGCUGCGACUUUAAUCUGAGUCAAAGUGCAAUACACUGGUGCUGAUAAACCUGAAGCUUGAUGACACUCUUACUGCAGUGAGAGAUCAUAUUACAUUGUGGCUGGCAUUAAACUGCACUGAAACUCCAGUAUGAUACAGUGCAAUGUGCAGCAACAGCACCGACUCCUGUCCUAAUCAAAGCCAUUGCAGGGGUUUGUGGGACUGCAGCUGCUUUUUUCCUAUCUGCACAAUCAUUUUAUUUUGCAUAAUUUUUGAAACUUGAAAUCCUUACUCUUUCAGCACAGCCUCUAGGGUGGUGUGGGGCUGGAAUAGGCUUCAGGCUUCCUCAGAGACAGCCUGGAACCCUUCCCCUCACUGGGCUCCUGGUGGGCUCCCUGUCGCCCCUGUUUAUAAUACCCGGAAAUAUAAAA